UUUCCUACUUAUUUUGUCUUUACCUCUUACCCAAUUCUUAAUUAUCAUUCAGUAAGAGUAAAAAGAGAAAAUACUUGUCUACCUGUUUUAAAAUUACAAUGAUCAAAUUAUUCCAAACCUUUUUCCAGUUCUUUGGAAAUAUGUAUUACCAUACAUAUAUAAAAGAAAAAGAAAUCUCUGCAUUAGCUCUCAGGUGGGGAUAUAAAAUAAAAUAUGACUUUUCCAUAUUUUAAGAAGUUGGCUGCUUUAAGAACUAGGAAGAUUCAAGUUGUCAAUACCAUGUUUUAAAGUGAAAUUUGGAACUGGAAUUUAUAAUGUUGUGAUUUAAAACACGGGCGUUUUUUGAGAUUAUUAGAAAAGAGAAUAUAGAAAUUACUGUGUAGGCUUUAGGAGGAACUGAAACCAAGCAAAUAUUGUUUAAAAAAAAAAAAAAAUCCCAGUUCUCCAAUGCGAGUGGCCCCCUCUGUAGGGGGCAGCAGAGACGUCGGGAGAAGGAGAUCGCGGCGACCCAGGAGAGGCCAAGCGGGUCCGGGCAGUGCCCGCGCCAGGCUGUGGGCUGCGGCCCCAGGGGCGGGGGUCGGAGGAAGAGGCGGAGAGGCGGCCCCACAGAUAAGCGUUUGCAGGCGACGCUCUCCGCCCGCCGGACGGGAGGCGGGGUAGCAGCCGGAUUAGAGAAGCAGCCUGGAAGGAAGGAAGGAAAGAGCGAGGGAGGGACGGGAACGGCAGGAGGAGGAGCAGUGAGCUGGGCUGCAGCGGCGGCGGGAGGAGGAGCGGCCCCCGCGAGGCCACGUUUUGUUUUUGUUAUUUUCCAUUGGAGUAGUUGUCUGAGGCCUUUCCCGAGGACUGACCGCGCCGCAGCCCGGCAGCCCCGACCUUCCAGGUGACAGCCGGUCACCCUGGUAGGAGUCAGCUCCGCCCCAAGUCACCCCCUCCCGCCCACAGCCCCAUUCCCCCGCCCAGCCACCCAGUGCCUGCCCGAGGCGAGCGCGGCGGCCGCAGCGGGGCGGCAGCGCUGGGGCGGGCGGCCGCGCGGACCCUCGGCGAGGACCUCUGACCCUGCAGACCCGCGACGGAGGAAGGGGAGGUCCUGCCCGAGACGCCAGCCCGAGGAGGAGGAUGCCCGUUUAACCCGCCCCCGCCUGCCGGUCCGGCUGCCGGGCGCUCACUUCGGUGCCCGCCACUGGAGCCUCCGAGCCGCGCCCCUGGAAGUGCCGCAUGGGGCAGGGCCGCUGAAGCACGGAGUUCGGGGUCGCGCCGCUCCUAGGAGGGCGCGGGGCCCGGGUGCGGCAGUUGGCACAGUUUCGGCGGCGUCUUUUGCGCGGGAGUAGGGGGUGCGGUGCGUCCGGCCGGGCUCCGCCGUGCCCUGGAGAGCCUUGAGUUAUGGAGCCGCCCAGCUGCAUUCAGGAUGAGCCGUUCCCGCACCCCCUGGAGCCCGAGCCGGGCGUCCCAGCUCAGCCCGGCCCCGGGAAGCCGGGCGACAAGCGGUUCCGGCUGUGGUACGUAGGGGGGUCGUGCCUGGACCGCAGGACCACGCUGCCCAUGCUGCCCUGGCUCAUGGCCGAGAUCCGCAGGCGCAGCCAGAAGCCUGAGGCGGGCGGCUGCGGGGGCCCUGCGGCCCGCGAGGUGAUCCUGGUGCUCAGCGCGCCCUUCCUGCGUUGCGUCCCGGCGCCGGGCGCCGUGGCCUCGGGGGGCACCAGUCCGUCGGCCGCGCAGCCCAACCCGGCCGUGUUCAUCUUCGAGCAUAAGGCGCAGCACAUCUCGCGCUUCAUCCACAACAGCCACGACCUCACCUACUUUGCCUACCUGAUCAAGGCGCAGCCCGACGACCCGGAGUCGCAGAUGGCCUGUCACGUUUUCCGGGCUACAGACCCCAACCAGGUUCCUGAUGUUAUUAGCAGCAUAAGGCAAUUAUCUAAAGCGGCCAUGAAAGAGGAUGCCAAACCCAGCAAAGAUAAUGAAGAUGCCUUUUACAAUUCUCAGAAGUUCGAAGUCUUGUACUGUGGAAGGGUGACCGUGACCCACAAGAAGGCCCCAUCAAGCCUCAUUGAUGACUGUAUGGAAAAGUUCAGCCUGCACGAACAGCAGCGCCUGAAGAUCCAAGGCGAGCAGCGCGGUGCGGACCCCGGAGAGGACCUGGCUGACUUGGAGGUGGUGGUGCCCGGGUCCCCUGGAGACUGCCUGCCGGCAGAGGCGGAUGGCACCAACACCCACCCUGGCUUACCUGCUGGGGCCAGCCAGCCUGCCCCGACCAGCUCUCGGGUCUGCUUCCCUGAACGGAUUUUGGAGGAUUCUGACUUUGAUGAGCAGCAGGAGUUUCGAUCUCGGUGCAGCAGUGUCACAGGCGUGCAAAGGAGAGUUCACGAGAGCGGCCAGAAAUCCCAGCCGCGAAGGAGACAUGCGAGCGCGCCCAGUCACGUCCAGCCCUCGGACUCAGAGAAGAACAGGACCAUGCUCUUCCAGGUUGGGCGAUUUGAAAUUAACCUUAUCAGUCCAGACACUAAAUCAGUUGUCCUAGAAAAGAAUUUUAAAGACAUCUCCUCUUGUUCUCAGGGUAUAAAGCAUGUGGAUCACUUUGGCUUUAUCUGCCGGGAGUCCCCAGAGCCUGGACUUAGCCAGUAUAUUUGUUACGUAUUCCAGUGUGCCAGCGAAUCUCUGGUUGAUGAGGUAAUGCUGACUCUGAAACAGGCCUUCAGUACCGCGGCUGCCCUGCAGAGUGCCAAGACUCAGAUUAAACUGUGUGAGGCCUGCCCGAUGCACUCUUUGCAUAAGCUCUGUGAAAGGAUUGAAGGUCUCUACCCGCCAAGAGCCAAGCUGGUCAUACAGAGGCAUCUCUCAUCACUGACAGAUAAUGAGCAAGCUGACAUCUUUGAAAGAGUUCAGAAAAUGAAGCCAGUCAGUGACCAGGAAGAAAAUGAACUCGUGAUUUUACACCUGAGGCAGCUGUGUGAAGCCAAGCAGAAGACACACAUGCAUAUCGGGGAAGGCCCAUCGACUAUUUCAAAUAGUACAAUCCCAGAAAAUGCAACAAGCAGUGGAAGGUUCAAACUUGACAUUCUGAAAAAUAAAGCUAAGAGAUCCUUAACUAGCUCCCUGGAAAAUAUCUUCUCAAGGGACUACUCACCAGGGGACUCUCCACCAGGGACACCGCCAGCAUCCCCCCUGUCCUCAGCUUGGCAAACGUUUCCGGAAGAGGAUUCUGACUCCCCGCAGUUUCGAAGACGGGCACACACGUUCAGCCACCCACCUUCAAGUACAAAGAGAAAGUUGAAUUUGCAGGAUGGGAGGACUCAGGGUGUACGUUCUCCUCUGCUGAGGCAGAGCUCCAGUGAACAGUGCAGCACUCUUUCGUCAGUUCGACGCAUGCACAAGGAGAGUAAUUCUUCCUCCAGUCUUCCAAGUCUUCACACUUCCUUCUCUGCCCCUUCCUUCACUGCCCCCUCUUUCCUGAAAAGCUUUUACCAGAAUUCAGGUAGACUGUCCCCACAGUAUGAAAAUGAAAUCAGACAGGACACUGCUUCAGAAUCAAGUGAUGGAGAAGGGAGGAAAAGGACCUCGUCUUCCUGCAGCAAUGAGUCCCUAAGUGUGGGUGGAACCUCUGUCACUCCUCGCAGGAUCUCCUGGCGACAGCGCAUUUUCCUCAGGGUUGCUUCUCCCAUGAAUAAAUCUCCCUCAGCAAUGCAGGAGCAAGAUGGAUUGGACAGGAGCGAGCUGCUGCCACUGUCCCCUCUCUCUCCAACCAUGGAGGAGGAACCGCUGGUUAUAUUCCUGUCUGGGGAGGAUGACCCAGAAAAGAUUGAAGAAAGAAAGAAAUCAAAAGAACUGAGGAGUUUGUGGAGAAAAGCUAUACACCAACAAAUCUUGCUGCUUCGAAUGGAAAAAGAAAACCAAAAACUUGAAGGAGCAAGCAGAGAUGAACUCCAGUCCAGAAAAGUUAAAUUAGACUAUGAAGAAGUUGGUGUGUGUCAGAAAGAGGUCUUCAUAACCUGGGAUAAGAAGUUGUUAAACUGCAGAGCUAAAAUCAGAUGUGAUAUGGAAGAUAUUCAUACUCUUCUUAAAGAAGGAGUUCCCAAAAGUCGACGAGGAGAAAUUUGGCAGUUCCUGGCUUUACAGUACCGCCUCAGACACAGAUUGCCUAAUAAGCAGCAGCCUCCCGACAUAUCCUAUAAGGAGCUUUUGAAGCAGCUCACUGCGCAGCAGCACGCGAUUCUCGUGGAUUUAGGAAGGACAUUUCCUACUCACCCUUACUUUUCAGUACAGCUUGGGGCAGGGCAGCUAUCGCUGUUUAACCUCCUGAAAGCCUAUUCUUUGCUGGACAAAGAAGUGGGUUACUGUCAGGGGAUCAGCUUUGUGGCUGGAGUCCUGCUUCUGCACAUGAGUGAAGAGCAAGCCUUUGAAAUGCUGAAAUUCCUCAUGUAUGACCUCGGCUUCCGCAAGCAGUACAGACCUGACAUGAUGUCACUGCAGAUUCAAAUGUACCAGCUGUCCCGGCUCCUUCAUGACUAUCACAGAGAUCUCUACAAUCACCUUGAAGAAAAUGAAAUCAGCCCCAGUCUUUAUGCUGCCCCCUGGUUCCUCACAUUGUUUGCCUCUCAGUUUUCAUUAGGAUUUGUAGCCAGAGUUUUUGAUAUUAUUUUUCUUCAGGGAACUGAAGUUAUAUUUAAGGUUGCACUUAGCCUGCUGAGCAGCCAAGAGACACUUAUAAUGGAAUGUGAAAGCUUUGAAAAUAUUGUUGAGUUUCUUAAAAGCACGCUACCUGAUAUGAAUACCUCUGAAAUGGAAAAAAUUAUUACCCAGGUUUUUGAGAUGGAUAUUUCUAAGCAGUUGCAUGCCUAUGAGGUGGAGUAUCAUGUGCUACAGGAUGAGCUUCAGGAAUCUUCAUAUGCCUGUGAGGAUAGUGAACCUUUGGAGAAGCUGGAGAGGGCCAAUAGCCAACUGAAAAGACAAAACAUGGACCUCCUAGAGAAAUUACAGGUAGCUCAUGCUAAAAUCCAAACCUUGGAAUCAAACCUGGAAAAUCUUUUGACAAGAGAGACCAAAAUGAAGUCUUUAAUCCGGACCCUGGAACAAGAAAAAAUGGCUUAUCAAAAGACAGUGGAGCAACUCCGGAAGCUGCUGCCCGCAGAUGCUCUCGCCAGUUGUGAACUGUUGCUGAGAGACCUAAACUGCAACCCUAACAACAAAGCCAAGAUGGGAAAUAAGCCAUAAUGGCAGAGCCGCAGCCUCAGCAGAAAGUGCUCCUUAGAAUACUACAGAAAGGAAGAGCCUGCAUGCUGCUGGCCGGAGGCUGGACCCUGAAGGUGAUGGAACCACCUAACACUGGUGCUGAGCUUCUAGUGGCAGCAGGUGGGCCUCGCGCUCCUCAGAGCAUGCCAGUCCUAAGCCAUUGGACAUACGUGGACUGGUUUUUGUUGUUGUUACUAUGUACAUAUAUAUAUAUAUAUA